CUUCUUCAAGAUGAACGCUGUAUUCUGCGUUACCACUCUUCUCGCUGUCAUUUACCUCUCUGAGGCCAUGCCCUCUAAGUAUAAGCAAGAAUUGAUGUCUUCUAUAACUGAUUGUAUGAAAAAGUAUGGUAUGGGAAAAGAUGAAGUUGUUGCAGUAAUGAGGAGUUUUAUACCUUCUGAGGAUACAGAAAAGAAAUGUGCUGUUGGCUGUGUCAUGGAAAAAUUGGGAUAUAUUAAAGAUCUGACAAUGGAUUGGGAAGCUGUAAAGAGUGACCAUCCUAGCAAGUAUGAUACACCUGACAAAGUGGAGAAGGCAAACAAAGUGGCGGAUGCUUGUGUUAAAAUUGUGUCUGGAAAAGAAGCAGAUCUCUGUACACUUGGAUUAAAAGGAUUAGCAUGUCUUCAUGACCAGUCACAGAAGUUGCAGUUACCGAUACCAGAUUUCAGCUUUGAAUAAAAUCAUGGACAACAAUUGAACUGUUACUUAGUAAAUCAUAAUAAACUGUUUCAAUAUCAU